GAUCAAGCAGCUAGUAGUACGCCGUAGGCCGUCUCAACUCUCUGCAGGACCCGUCAACUCUUUCUGCCACUGCGCAUAGCCGCUCCCGCGUGAGUCCCUCUCCAGAGCCAUGGCAACAGUCGCUCAAGGAGCGCGCGCAGCGGUGUCUCCUGCUCAUCAGGUCGCGGGGCUGCAGCGAGAGAGCACCGUUGGGCCUCAGCGGGUCAGGAUUUUGCUAGGAGGCGGCCCUUGCCAUGGCGUGAAGAGCUCGUUUUACAGUGGAGCCAAUGCCACGUCAUUCCGGGCGGCGACAUUUGCCACGUCAGCCGCCGCCGCGAAGGGCGGCGCGCUCAACGCGCAGAUGAACAUCUUCGACCGCGUGGCUCGCAUCGUCAAGUCGUACACGAAUGCGGCGCUGAGCUCCCUGGAGGACCCCGAGAAGAUUCUGGACCAGGCGGUGGAGGACAUGCAGACGGACGCCGUGAAGCUCCGCCAGGCCACCGCGCAGGUAUUGGCGAGCACCAAGCAGCUGGAGAACAAGUACAGGGCGGCCCAGCAGAGUGCGGAUGACUGGUACAAGCGCGCCAAGCUGGCUCUGUCCAAGGGAGAGGAGGAGCUGGCGAAGGAGGCACUGAAACGACGCAAGGACUAUGAGGAGAAUGCUCGCAAUCUGGAGUCUCAGCUGGCGCAGCAGCAGGCCACAGUGGACAAGCUCAUAGGCAACACACGGAUUCUUGAGGGCAAGAUUCAGGAGGCGAGGGCAAAGAAGGACACCCUCAAGGCGCGCGCUCAGUCUGCCAAGACCCAGCAGAAGGUGAACGACAUGCUGGGCGGCAUCAGCACCAACAGCUCCAUGGCCGCCUUUGAGAAGAUGGAGGAGAAAGUGAUAGCACUGGAAGCAGAGUCGGAUGCCGUUGGCCUGCUGGCAGCAGACGACCUCUCCUCCAAGUUCGCCCAGUUGGAGGCUGGCUCUGUGGAUGAUGACCUGGCUGCUCUCAAGAGAGACAUGCUGGGGGAUGGGGGGAGGCGCCCCGCGGAGCUGCCAUCUGGCCGCUCCUCAGCCCGCCAGCUAGAGCUAGAGUCCGAGUUGAAUGAGCUCAGGCGGCGCACACAAGAGUACUAAAAGGCGAGUUCCAGGAAAGUGCAAGUACGAGGACAUUGAAGUGGUAUAAACAUGAAUAUGGUUUCCCAAGGGGGUGAAAAGAGCCUAAUUUUUUCAGGGGAGGUUGGAUGAGUUGCUUAGGAAGGAUCAAUAAGUAAUGCCUGGUUUUGUCUACCUGAAGUCUAGGAGAUAUGUUUAUGCUUAUUUCUUUAGAGUAGAGUUUUGGUUUGCGAACAAUAUCAUAUCAACAUCGGAUGAUGUUUGCAAGUGGUGAGAGCAGGUGACG